UUUCAUGGGUUUGCAAAUGCCCUUUGAACUUUGAUGCUCUCGUCCAAUCAGAAGACAGAUUAUUGAGGGGUGGUGAGCUGGGCCGCUAAAUACUCAGCCAACAUGAUGGGACCACCUGGAAUGCCGCCUCAUUACCCACCUAUGGGUAUGCCCCCAAUGGGACAGAGGCCCCCCAACAUGACUCCAGGCAUGCCACCUGGCAUGAUGCCACCCAUGAUGCCGCCGAUGGGAGGGCCACCUAUGGGACAGAUGCCAGGCAUGAUGCCGCCUAUGAUGCCCGGGAUGAUGAUGCCACCUCGCAUGCCAGCUGCGUCACUGCAGCCGACGGGACCGCCUGGUGUGAGCCCUGUAGACAAUACCGGCUUGAGUGCUUCUACGAUAACUUCAAACACCACAGCAAACGACUCCCCACAAGAUGACCAACCAAAGAAGAAGUCUAUGUGGACCGAACACAAGUCUCUGGAUGGGAAGGUCUACUUCUACAACACUGAGACGAAGCAGUCCACCUGGGAGAAACCUGAUGAGCUCAAGUCUCCCGCUGAGCAAAUGUUGUCUAAGUGUCCAUGGAAAGAGUUUAAAUCGGACACUGGCAAGCCUUACUACUACAACUCCCAGUCGAAGGAGUCUCGCUGGACUAAGCCCAAAGAGCUGGAGGACCUGGAGGCUAUGAUCAAAGCAGAAGAGAACGGCACGGCUGAUGCAGCAGCUCCAGGAACGAUGCCUACUGUUGCCGUGACCGUCCAACCAGAGACCGCCAUUGCCAUGGCUCCGGUCGCUGACCCCGAGGCCGCCGCCGCCGCCAGUAUAACUGCUGCCGCUGUCGUCGAAGACCAGACCAUGUACGUGACGGCGCCGCCCGCCGAGAUCCCCCCGGAUAUGCCCAUCAACAACACAGAGGAGGCGCCCGGUGUGGAGGCCCCCCUCAGCAAUGACGUCAACAAAGAUGAGCGCCCAGAGCUGGUGAAGAAGGUCUACAAGUGGAACACGAAGGAAGAGGCCAAGCAGGCCUUCAAGGAGCUGCUGAAGGAGAAGGGUGUCUCCUCCAACGCCUCCUGGGAGCAGGCCAUGAAGAUGAUCAUCAAUGACCCCCGCUACAGCGCCCUGCCCAAGCUGAGCGAGAAGAAGCAGGCCUUCAACGCCUACAAGGUGCAGACGGAGAAGGAGGAGAAGGAGGAGGCGCGCAUCAAGUACAAAGAGUCCAAGGAGACCUUCCAGCGCUUCCUGGAGAACCACGAGAAGAUGACCUCCACCACCAGAUACAAGAAAGCGGAGCAGAUGUUUGGAGAGCAGGAGGUGUGGUCCACCGUCCCAGAGAGAGACAGACUGGAGAUCUAUGAGGACGUGCUGUUCUACCUAGCCAAAAAGGAGAAGGAACAAGCCAAGCAGCUGCGCAAGAGGAACUGGGAGGCCCUGAAGAACAUCCUUGACAACAUGGCCAACGUGACACACCGCACCACAUGGUCGGAGGCGCAGCAGUACCUCCUGGACAACCCCACCUUCGCCGAGGACGAGGAGCUCCAGAACAUGGAUAAGGAGGACGCACUCAUCUGCUUCGAGGAGCACAUCCGCGCCCUGGAGAAGGAGGAAGAGGACGAGAAGCAGAAGGGCCUGCUGAGGGAGCGCCGCCGCCAGAGGAAGAACAGAGAGGCCUUCCAGAAAUUCCUGGAUGAGUUGCAUGAGCACGGGCAGCUCCACUCCAUGUCGGCCUGGAUGGAGAUGUACCCCACCAUCAGCUCAGACAUCCGCUUCAGCAACAUGCUGGGCCAGCCAGGUUCCACACCCCUCGACCUAUUUAAGUUCUACGUGGAGGACCUGAAAGCCCGUUACCACGACGAGAAGAGGAUCAUCAAAGACAUCCUCAAGGAUAAAGGCUUCCUGGUGGAGAUCAACAGCACCUUCGAGGACUUUGGCUCGGUCAUCAGCUCAGACAAGAGAGCCACCACACUGGACGCAGGCAACAUCAAGCUAGCCUUCAACAGCUUGCUGGAGAAGGCGGAGGCGCGGGAGAGGGAGCGUGAGAAGGAGGAGGCGAGGAAGAUGAAGAGGAAGGAGGCGACGUUCAAGAGCAUGCUGAAGCAGGCCACACCGCCGCUGGAGCCCGACGUCACCUGGGAAGAGGCGCGAGAGCGAUUCCUAAAGGAGCCUGCGUUCGAGGACGUGACACUGGAGUCCGAGAGGAAGAGGAUAUUUAAAGAUUUCAUUCAUGUCUUGGAGCACGAAUGUCAGCACCAUCAUUCCAAGAACAAGAAGCACUCCAAGAAGUCGAAGAAGCACCACAGGAAGCGAUCACGCUCUCGUUCGGGCUCUGAGUCUGAGGAGGAUGACUACCACUCAAAGAAGAAGAAGCAGCGCUCAACCUCCAAGUCCCCGUCAGAGCACUCCUCCUCCGGAGAGUCAGAGAGGAGCUAUAAGAAGUCAAAGAAACACAAGAAGAAGGGCAAGAAGAGGCGUCACAAGUCGGCCUCCCCCGAGUCCGACGGAGAGAGGGACCGGAAAGGGCGUGAGAAGGACCGAGAGAAAGACAAAGAAAACGACAAGUCCAGAGGGAAGCCUCGCUCAUCGUCCAAACAGAAGUCACCCAAGAGGAAAUCGACGAAAGAGGAGGUAAGGCCGACCGCUUCCCACACCAAAUGACCACACGUCACCGCAGAGCACAGCGGGGGUUGGGAUACAUCUGGCAGUGAACUGAGCGAGGGCGAAUUGGAGAAGAGGAGACGGACCCUUCUAGAACAGCUGGAUGCCCCAUAGUUUGUUUGUCUCGUUUGUUUUUAACCCUCCCUGUGCCGAAAAUGCAUUCCUCCUCCAGUUCUCUCCCUGUCCGCUCCCCAGGCAACAUGCCACACACCACACGCCUGGGUCACGUCUCUCCUGCAUGGGGCAGGGUGAGUGAAUGCGCUGUUGGGAAAACGCUGUACUGGUGACUCUUUUUUUGGUUUUUAUUUGUUUGUUUUUUUGUUUUGUCAUCAGACACUCAGUUGGUUUCUGUGUGACUAGUUGUGAUGCAAGGUUACCAGCACUGUCAUUCUGUGACCCAGAUUUCGCUUCUCUUUAGCUACCUAUGUUGCCAUUUUGAAAGUCUUUUUCUUAUUUUUGUAGGUAGCCGUGUAUGUAACUCGAUUGAUAAUUGAUGACGAAAAAUAAAAGCCACCCACUUUUACUGUGACUGCCUUAUUGAUAGCAUUCACAUGCAAACUUAAAUCAUCAAUUUCCUGUGAAUAGUUUUCACUGCUCUGAGAUCAUAUUCAGGGAUAAGCCCAUCUUAUCUGAAUCAUAGCAGAAAUGGACAUUUUGUUUUUGCAUUUGGUACCAAGGGACUGAUUGAAGCAACCAGGUUUGCAAGCAUCUUGGAAAUUAUUUUAAAUGUAAUGCCUAGAGGUCAUGAUUCAUAUGUAAUAAAAAAUAAUUGAAAUGGA